AUCAGACAUUGACGCGCUUUUUUUAUUCAUCUUGCCACACUAAAGAUGAAGUCAAAUUAUUUCUCCGAUGACUAAUUAAUACCGUUCUAUUCAUGUGUCAUAAUUUAGCUUGUAUCGCGUGCGAGCGAAAUGACUAAUGGAAAAAGGUCGUCGUCCACAUCUUGAGUUAUUAAACGGAUUUGUCGAAAAUUAUCGCGUUCAAUCGAGUUAUUUGUUUUUUGCUCCAUGAGGAAAAAACGAUUCACGAGGGAAAUGUUAAUUCUAACGCGCAUUUCCUCCAUCGCGAGUCAUCGCGUAUAUAAUCGCGUACUCUCAAUGACAGAGCCUUUCGUUAUCGGUCGAUGUUAUCAAUCAUCGUGCCGACUUGGAAAACAGCACCAGACACUAUUAGACAUAAAUUCGUUCUCGUAAGACGUUCAUCGUAAAAUUUAUUUUUCCCCGAAAUUAAUUUUUAACGCGAAAACACACAUUAGAUCACGGAGUUUGCACAGCAAUAAAAGACUUAUCGUUCUUCCUCGACAUAGAAAUCCGCGCUGGCACCACCACAUGCUCUCUCGAAACUUCGCCGCGAUGAAGACCUAAAAUCGCCUCGGUACAGAUCUCGCGUCAUCGCGAUGUUAUGAGAUGUCGAAGAAUCGUGAGGAGGAGUGACGCCGCCGACGACGUGUAGGAUUUAAAAAUUUCUUGCGAACACGGUGACUGAAAUCUCGACGCCACCUUCAUUCAUACACCUAUCAGUCGGCUCACGACCGUCCAGCCGGACAGUCAGAGGCGCUCGCGCGCUCUCGCCGCGUCUCGGAACCGAAACGAUAUCCGCGCCGGAUUCGUCUCUCGACUCUCGACCCGAUAAUCCCUGACAGAGAAAAGUCCCGGUUCGACUCGUCCAGGUGUAAAACGUUCUUUCUGCGGGCACUUACUCACUAAACCGGUAUUCCCGCCGUUUUUCCCGGACUUGCGUCUUCCAAGAUUAAGCUCCGAUCUAGUAAGACAUUCUCGGACGUUUAUCUAAAAGUGUUCGGAUUUUUUUAUAUGGUAUAAAAUAAUUUGUUUAUAUAGUACACAAUUUUUUAUACAUAUAGUAUAAAAUGAUUGUUAUAAUGUAAAGUUCGUGAUAUCUUCUAUACGUGAAUUCGAUCGAUUUCGAUAGAGCUUUCGGAGUGAGAAACUCGUGAUCGAUAAGUCGCGCACUAUUAUCGCAACGACCGUUAUUUGAUUUGCAAAACAUGUUCGAUGUCAAUAUUUACUAGUUGAAAAAAUGUUGCUUCGCGCGACAUUUUCAACAGUCGUGUCUAGCAACCGAUCGAGGGACGCAGUCUCUCCGAUUUCGUUUUGGACCGGCGCAAUUUUUAUCGUAAUUUUUAUUGUUGCCGGGCCAUCGUCGCGCGACUGUCGAUCGUCGUACAAGCCGGUGUUUGCACAGUGACUGGACGAUAUUCUCAACUUUACUUUAUCUCGACUGCGUUUUUGCGCGCGCGAUUUCGACUUGACGCGACUUUUCUUCGCAAAAGCGCGCCGAUUUAAAUCGCGAGUCUCGACGAGAAUCGAUGGUCUUCGUCGCGGUUCGGCAACAGCUGUGCGAGUAGAUAUAGUGCUUAUAUAUGUAUAUUUAAUAAAGAAAUACGUAAAUCAAAUGCAAGGUCACACAUUUCUUGAGUGCGGUUUUAUCGGCGCGAUAAAUUCGGAGCUGAGUCGCAAAGAAAUCGAUAGCGCAGAUCGAAGCAGAUACACGCGUUAUUUUUUUUGCAACCAAUUCUUAGAGUGUUCCGAGUAUAACCGUCUUUUCGUUUGUCAGAGAUUUACAUAAUUCGAGCGAGGAGAAUUUUUCUCGAUACACGUGCUGAGUUUAAUUUAGUUUUAAUUCAAUUCCUGUGUCGCAUAUUAUGUAUCGAAUUUUUGAACUUCGCACCGUGACGCUCAUUUUUAUUAAUUCCACAAAUCGGGAUUCCGAAAAUUUCGUGACGUUGAUUCUACAAAACGCAUACAUAUAUUAUCGAUGAAUUGUCGCUGUCGCGAGGGAAGAGAACGAGCGGAAGAGGAAGAUCAAACGCCUUCGGAGAUCGAUCGUGGAGCAGAACGUUAAAUACCCAGUCUGGAUUUAUCUACGAUUCCUCUGCUUAUCCCCAGCUUCUUCUUCCCAUCAUCCCUUCCUACUUGCAAGCUGACGGAAAUUUUCUCGGAGACUUUCCGCGGCGAGUAGACAAUUUUGUGACUUUAUCGUUCUCGUCCGAAGGGAUAGGAAGUCAAGAUGACGUCGCAGAUGGAAAGCGAGGAAUAUGGACUGGGAUAUCAGAACACUCUGAUGUAUGGUCGCUAUACGAAGGACCUGGGUGAGUACGCGAAGGAAGAGGCACGCAGACUGAAGUACCACGAGAAAGCGAGACGCAAGUAUGACAAGACGAGAGCCGAGGACCUGCGAAAGUCUCGACGGGGUCCCUUGUGCCGGAAAUUGUUAGCCCUGCUGGCCUUCGCUUGGAAGCACACCGGUGCCCGGCUCGGCGAGGACUGGGUCUUCCUGGCCCUUUUGGGGAUCAUAAUGGCGCUCAUCAGUUACGCCAUGGACCGCGGCAUCUCCAUGUGCAACAACGCCAGGAUAUGGCUCUAUCAGGAUCUUACGACGCAUCCGGCCCUCAAGUACUUGGCCUGGGUGUCGAUGCCCGUGUGUCUCAUUCUCUUCAGCGCUGGUUUCGUACACAUCGUCGCACCGCAAAGUAUCGGCUCCGGGAUCCCGGAGAUGAAGACCAUUCUACGUGGGGUGGCGUUGAAGGAAUACCUGACCUUUCGAACCUUGGUCGCCAAGGUUAUUGGCUUAACGGCGACUUUGGGAUCGGGGCUGCCGCUUGGCAAGGAGGGUCCGUUCGUGCACAUCGCCAGCAUCGUCGCGACGCUUCUCUCGAAACUGGUCACGAGCUUCCAGGGUAUCUACGAAAACGAGAGCAGGAACUGCGAGAUGUUGGCCGCGGCUUGCGCGGUAGGAGUCGCCUCCUGCUUCGCGGCGCCGAUCGGCGGCGUACUCUUCAGCAUCGAGGUCACCACGGUAUACUUCGCGGUGAGGAACUACUGGCGUGGUUUCUUUGCCGCGGUUUGCGGCGCCACGAUGUUUCGCCUGUUGGCGAUCUGGUUCCAGCGCGAGGAAACCAUCACGGCGAUGUUUGCCACCAGCUUCACCAUGGACUUUCCCUUCGAUCCGCAGGAGCUCUUCGUCUUCGCUCUGAUCGGUGUCGGCAGCGGGCUGCUGGGCGCCUUCUACGUCUGGCUGCACAGACAAUACGUCAUCUUUAUGCGGAAGAACAAGAGCAUGAACAGCUUUCUACAGAAGAAUCGCUUUCUGUAUCCCGGCAUCGUGUCCCUCCUAGUCUCGUCCGUGUCGUUUCCUCUGGGACUCGGCCAAUUCAUGGCCGGCGAUCAGAAUACGCACGAUCAGGUUCACGGACUCUUUACCAAUUUUACUUGGACGCGGGAGAAUCUCAGCGUCGAGGAGAUGAGUAUCGUGAAGCACUGGUCAACGCCGUAUACCGACGUCUUUAGCGGACUCCUUAGUUUCGUUUUAGUCACUUUCAUUUUUUCUAUCAUAAGCUCAACGGUGCCGGUACCAUCUGGAAUUUUUAUCCCCGUCUUCAAAAUCGGUGCUGCAUUAGGUAGAGCAGUAGGCGAAGCGAUGGCACUCUGGUUUCCCUAUGGUGUGCGGUAUGGCUGGAUAAAUUCAGCUAUUAUACCAGGUGGUUACGCCACAGUGGGCGCAGCUGCAUUUUCCGGCGCGGUGACACAUACAAUAUCCGUCAGCGUCAUCAUCUUCGAGAUGACCGGUCAGAUCACUCACAUUGUACCCAUAAUGAUAGCAGUGUUGAUUAGCAAUGCUAUCGCCGCGCUUCUGCAGCCUAGUAUAUACGAUAGCAUUAUUCUUAUCAAGAAGUUACCUUAUUUGCCCGAUCUGCUACCAUCCAGUUCAGGAAUGUAUAAUAUUUACGUGGAGGACUUUAUGGUUCGUGACGUGAAAUACAUAUGGCACGGUAUCAGCUAUCAGAACCUGAAAGAGAUACUGAAGGAGAAUCGCAAGCUUCGUGGAUUUCCGCUAGUGGAUAAUCCGGAUUCCAUGAUAUUGCUUGGAUCGAUUCAGAGAUUACAGUUAAUCAAACUCAUCGAGAAACAUAUCGGUCGCGAGAGAAGGUUGCAGGUCGCGCAAAAAUGGCACAAAGAGGCGGAGGAAAGGGCGCGCGAAGAAAUAGAACGACAAUUGCGGGAACAAGAGAGAACGAGAAGGCCUUCGAGAUUCGAGGUCAUCCCGGCACCGGACAUUCUCAAGAUGCAGCGGCAGAGUGUUAAUGAUCUAACGAUGUCAUCAAACAACAGCGGCGGUCCUGAUCAUCAUACAUACCAUACACCAAUAUUCGGUUCGCAACCGAAGAAGUCGAUCCUGAAGAAGACAAACUCUUUCACUCUAAAAGGAUUCAGUCCGUUGGUCAGCCCGGCUGUGACACCCUAUACAACUGUUACAGGCGCGGAAAGCAGGAUACGCUUGGCGUUCGAAGCAAUCUUCCGUAAAUCCGCCACGUUGCAGGAUGUGGAUCCCGAUCCAGAAUUGGGCAGCGGUACUAGACGCAGUGAUAGCCAUGAAGCCAUUAAUGUGACGCCACAUACGCCUAUGUUGGCUCCAAGUCCGGCAACAUCAAAGAAAGUCCAAUUGCCUCGAGAAAGAGUGAUAGACAUGUCGGCCGAAGAUCAAAAACGGUGGGAGGAGAGCGAAAUGGCACUUGAAGUGGAUUUCUCGAGGUGUCACAUCGAUCCGGCUCCCUUCCAGCUAGUUGAGAGAACGUCUCUGCUGAAAGUUCACAGUCUCUUCAGCAUGGUCGGUGUAAAUCACGCUUAUGUAACUGCUAUUGGCAGAUUGGUCGGUGUCGUCGGAUUAAAAGAGCUGAGGAAAGCCAUCGAAGAUGCAAAUGCCGGGAUUCUGCCGAUGCAUCCUGAAUCGCAUAUCGCCGAAUCGAUCUCCAGCUUAGCAAAGAGCGAAACGGAUACAGAGAGCAACAAAAACAUCAGCGCGAUGAACUCCAUAGAUUCCGUAGACUGUGAGAAAAUGGAUAAAGUUUAAGGGAGCCGAAUCGAGAUAAGUGAAAAUUUUGUGAUAGCCACGUCGUUGAGUCAUACGACGUGACCUGAAUAAUGCGAAAACUGUUUUACUAAUCCUUAUUCCCUUCCUUUCAUGGUUAUUCGCGCGAUUCGAGCGCUGGAGCCGAAAUUACGCAAUCGUAUAACAAUAUUAAUUCUUAAACACUUCUUUCUCGUACUUAAACCUAAGAUAAAAGAUCGAGAAAGUCCUAAGAAAAGCCGCGAGAUAGUAUUAAACAUGUGACCAUUGUAUUCCGAAAUUUUUUUAUUUUAUUUUAACAUAAUAUCGAAUUAAUCAAGUGACAUGAUUGCGGGACAUGUUCGCGUUCACGAUUGUAGAUAAUUUUUAUAAAUCGAAUAAAUUCAUAAGGUUUCUCGACGGACGAUUUACGUAGGAAGGAAUAUUGUGUAGAGAGAGAAUUUAUAUUUUUCUGUUAUAUUUAGGUAAAUUAUAAUAAGAUAUAAUAUGCGUGUACAUAUGUAUACAUAUGAGAACGCUUACGAAAUCGGAGCACUUCAUCGAUAUAUGCGAUAGCAGUGCUUGAACUAUUUGCUAAACUGUAAUCGACAGCAAAUGAAUUUAGUUGCAGCGAGUCGUAUAUGUUCGAACUCGCUAAAUAUCUUAGUUGAAGACUCGAGCUAAGAAUAUACGAGUUUACGAAUAUGCUGUGAAUCAUAAAUUUAAUUAUAUAAGGUAAGUUUCUUUUCUCUUUCCAAAUACAAGAGUCUCGGCAGAGCGAAAGUGACUCGAAGUGCCAAACGCAGUGUGACACUACACUUUCCUUCGGGACACGAAAUGCAUAAUUUAUAUUAUGAACCAAUGUUAAUUUUACAUGUGAGACCAUCAGGAAUUGUAUGCCAAUGCUCCCUUAGCUAGAAAUUAUCUGACCAUGGUUGUGCCAGACUAUUAUUUAUUAAUAUAAUUGUUAAUUAGUGUUAUUUAAGGUAAAAGCUGUGUUAUAGAUCAAACUUUGCAAAAAACAAUUCUCUUUUAUUCUUUACGCGAUACUUAUACAUAGAAGCAAUCAGAGAAAAGUGUUUCAAUUGGAUCAAGUGUAUCUAUUGGAUUUAUUUUAAGAGCAACUCUUCAACUUGCAUUUAUUCUCAUAGAAUACAAUUAUGUAACUUGUAAAAAUCAAGCGCAUGAAUUUUAUUUCUUAUUAAAAAAUCCAAUUAAUAUUAAAAACUUAUAGAAUCCUACAAAUUUUCAAAGAAUUUGUAUUAUAUUAUAAAGCACAAUUAAAGCUUCAGCAUUUUAUAUAUUUUCAAGAUAUCAAAAAUAUUUUCAUAAUUCGCUAUUAGAAGAUUAUUUAGAUGAAAGAUUAGAUACGUCGAAGAAUUAUCAUUCUAGUAAUUUUUGCGCACAACAGAAACGAUAUGCUAUUUUAUCAAUAUUUAUAAUUAUUAUAUAGAUUCAAUUUUGGCAACAUUUAAUGCAUGUUUUACAUUCCAUUGGACAAAAUUUUCACUUCGUUAGAUAGUAUGUGCAACAUUACGUUGCAUCGUCGCGUUGUACGCGAUAACACUAUUUGCCAUUGUAAAUACACUACACUUAUCGUCAAAGACAUUAAAUAAUUUAUUAUUAUCUA